GGUGAACUCAAAUUCAAGCACAUUGCCAUGGCAACAACUCUCCAGCGUUUGAUUAGUCCAAAGAGGGCCCGUUCCUCCCCACCAGGUGCAAAAGUCGAACAAGGCACACGGGAAACUGGACACUGCCUAGCCGCCAAGCACACCAAAGAGCUCCAGAUUUUUCUUCGUCUCGUGGAACGUGACGAGGGUGGCUUCACGGAUUGGAUGGGACGUGUUCGGAACGAGUGGCAGACCAAACUCGAGUCACUGGACGGUCAGGAUGGAGAGAUGGGGCCACUGCCUGAGGGGAUACCUGAGACAGACGAUUUUUGUGUGCCCUUAAACGAGCUGCAAAGGUCCAAUGUUUGUCCCCUUUUGGGGCAAUGGCAUGGCGCAGGAAAAACCAGGUGCAUGGUAAGUUUGUGAGCAGAUGAGAGCAGCUUAGUCGCUGGCUCUUCGAGUCACUCGUGCAAUGCGUUGGCCCUGCCAGCUUGAUUUUGUUUCUCACCACGUGAGAACAGACUGGUAUAGCUUCACCAUGCUUCACCGAUCCAUACGCGCGUGGCUUCGCUAGUGAGUCUUCCCUUUCGAAUGUAGGCUGAGAUGAAGCGGUUUUAAACAGGGUUGCUCCAACCCAUUGCAGUAUAU